AUGGUCAUGGCCACUCUAGCGAUUCUGAUGCCGCCGUUGCUGGCAAUGGUGUUUUUUCCCACGCCAGAGGAUGAAGGGUUUCUGCCUUCGCUGCCCAAAGACCUCUGGUCCAGAAAAUGUCCCGUCAGGGUUUCCACCCUUGGCAUCUGGGCAAUCAAGAUCAUUAUUCCCUACUACCACGAAGAGUGGUUCCGAAUCCAAAUGACUCUGCGCAGCAUUUUACGCCACACCGACAUGCAACGCAUCGAGGAGAUCCUUUUGGUGUCAGAUGGCAACGACCAGCAGGGCAUUUUCGAACGGGAACUGAAGGCAAUGCACCAGAAAGUACAGGUCAUUGUGAACGAGGAGAACAAAGGGCUGAUCGUCACCAAGAUGGAAACGGCGGCUCGCGCCACUGCUCCUGUGCUGAUGUUCCUGGAGCCCCACGUGGUGGUGACGCCACAGUGGCUGGAGCCGCUGCUUGCGCGACUGGAGGAGGAACCGAAGGCCCUGGUGAUGCCCAGUUUGGAUGUGCUCAACAAGGACCGGUUGGACUGGGCGGACUGGGAGGGUGAUGCCAAAGAAGGUUUAAGUAGUGACAUGACGACCUAUAUGAGGAUGCAGUUCUUGUAUUGGCGUUUCGAAUGGAAUCUGAAUCUCAUUGUGGCUCGGAGAAAGACUGCUAAUGGUUCCCCUUCGAUUUUCGCCUUCGAUCGCCUCGCGCUCGAGGCUGACAAUCCCUUGCGGAAGGACGUUGACACCUCAGCACCAUAUCCGUCACCGGCGACCUCAGGGGGGAUCUAUGCCAUUCGCAAGGAGUGGUGGGAUCACCUCGAAUUUUUCGAUCCCGAGCUGAUUCGUUGGGGCGGUGACCACGUGGAGGCCAGUCACAAGGUGUGGCGCUGUGGGGGUCGCAUUGAGAUCCAUCCCUGCAGCCGUGUGGGGCAUUGGUUCCGCGAAGAGAAGGAUCGACCUUAUACCGUGCAGGUGCCAGACGUGGUCAGAAACUACAAACGGUUGGCAGAAGUGUGGCUGGAUGGGCACCGGAAAUCCUUCUACAAGGUGAAACCAGAAGCCCAAUCGAUGCAUAUUGGGACGCUGAAAGAGAUGAAGGCGGCGCGUGAAAGGCUGAAAUGCCAUGACAUGGACUGGUAUUUGAAGCACGUCGAUGUGGAACUGGCCUGGGAAGAGGAUCACAUUUGCAUCCCCGGGGCUUCGAAGGCGCAGUUUGGCUGCGACUCUGCUGCGGCACCUCAGAGGAGCACCUUGGACAAGGUGAUGUCAACUCAGGAGUUUCGGAAGGCGCAGAAUGCCCUGAGUGCAGACCUCCGGCUUCCACUGCCAUAG